GCCAAGCAGUACGACUUCGCCAGUGUCUGCAUAAAUGCUUGUUGGGUACCUCUCGCCCACGAGCUCCUCAAGGACACCGAUGUUAGGGUUUGCACUGUUGUUGGAUUCCCUCUUGGUGCUACCUCGACUGCUGCCAAGUCCCUUGAGGCUGUCGAGGCUGUUAAGGACGGUGCUAAGGAGGUCGAUAUGGUCAUUAACAUUGGCUACAUCAAGAGUGGUUCUUGGGAUAAAGUUGAGGAUGAUGUUUACAGCGUUGUCCACUCUGUCCGCGCUUAUUUGGCUAACCAGAAGGCUAACCCCGAAACCGAUGGUGUUGUCGUGAAGGUUAUCCUUGAGUGUUGCCUCUUGACUGACGAGGAAGUUGUCAAGGCUUGCAAUGUCUGUGUUGACGCCGGUGCCGAUUUCGUAAAGACCAGCACGGGUUUCAGCAAGUAUGGUGCUACUGUCCACCAUGUGAAGCUUAUGCGUGAGACUGUUGGUUCCAGAUGCGGUGUGAAGGCCGCUGGUGGUAUCCACACCAAGCAGGAGAUGGAUGAUCUCAUUGCUGCUGGUGCCACUCGUAUUGGUGCCUCGAAAGGUGUUGCACUAAUGUAA